AUGAAUACGUUAUUUGAUGAUGCUGACGAUAUUCAACCUCAACUAGAUAAUGAAGCCAGGGACAAAUAUAUGUAUGCAAAGCCAAAAACUGUUUUUGUAUUCCGGUUGCCAACGCAAUAUCCUAUAGUAACUAUACCAAUUUUGCGGAAGUCUCGCCAAUCAACAUAUUUCGCAAAAAGGAAGAAAUUGAAAAAGACGAAGAAACCAAAUACUAAAGCUCCAGAAUUAAAAGAAUGGACGUAUAAAGAUCAGCACGAUUGGCCGAGACAGUAUCCUGAUUGCGGCGGUCGAUCGCAAUCUCCAGUCGACUUGCCUUACACACCACUCGUUAAAGCUAAAGAAAGUCGACAGCUUAUGUUUCUUAACUAUGACGUAUUACCAAAGAACCUCAUGUUGAGCCAUGAUGGAAAACGAAUUGUUUUAUAUGGAGAAUGGAAGCCUAUAAAUCAGCCUCUUAUAUACGGAGGUGCAGCUCAUAGCCGUCGAUACUUAUUUCAUUCGUUAACACUUCAUCGGCCUUCGGAGCAUAGAAUAGGUGGUCUUCAAUUUCCAAUGGAAACUCAAGUGCUUUUCAUUUCUGCGGAAUACAAAUCAUUCGAAGAAGCCAUCAAAGCCUCCCUUAAAGACGCUCAGGCUUUCCUGGGUAUUGUUAAUAUUUACAAGUACGACAACCACACACAGCAAGGCUUGGAAGAAUUACUAAAAGCGGGCUCCAAACGCUUUAAUACUUCCAUGUCACUUCUACCAUUAGGCUUCUUCAGCCCUCCCUUACAGCAAUACGCAUGUUAUCAGGGCUCAUUAACUUUUCCCCCUUGCACUGAAUCGGUUUUGUGGUUAAUAAGAGCGAAGGCUUUACCUAUUACAAGGAAGGCUAUGGAUGCAGCUAGCAGUAUUUUCGAAGAAGAUCAUGUGGGAUCUUGUCUUAGAGAACCGCAGUCUCUUAACGAUAGAAGAGUCUAUUAUUUUCAUUAA